AACACAAACUUGUCAUCUACAACACCUCAAUAACUCAACCAUGCAACAACACUGCCAACUUCCUUAACUACCACGACCGCGUAUCCUACUAACAUGGCGCCGUCCGCGAUCGAUAUUCCUGCGCUUCCUGUGCGCCAGGAGAAGACCUACCCGCCCGCACGAAUUUACAAUGUGAAGGAAACCAAGUUCGAGAAGCCCACUCCCGCUCAGCCUGAUGGUCGCGAGGAGGCUCUAGCAAAGCCUGCCGGCACCGUCGCCAUCGUAAUCGACAAUGGCUCGUCCGCUGUUAGAGCUGGAUGGUCAUUCGAGUCGAAGCCACGGUUGAGCAUCCCUCCUAUUAUGGCCAAGUAUAGAGACAGAAAACUUGGCAAGACCUAUUCCUUCGCAGGCUACGAUUGUUACGCCGACACGACUGCUCGCGGACAUAUUAGAAACGCUUUUGAAGCAGGGACAGGCAUCGUUAGCAACUGGGACGUGGAAGAGCAUAUUCUCGACUGGACGUUUCUGAAAUUGGGCAUGAACAAUGCUGACGGUGCUAUCGAUCUGCCUAUUGUCAUGACCGAGGCCGUGGCUAACCUGCCUUAUUCACGAAAAUCUAUGAACGAAAUCAUCUUCGAAUGCUACCAGGCCCCGUCAUUUGCCACCGGCAUCGAUUCUCUCUUCUCCUACCGAUAUAACAAGGGUUCUACCGGACUAGUGGUCUCUUCCUCAUACAGCUCUACCCAUGUCAUCCCCGUGUUCGAUUCGAAGGCUAUGCUAGCACAGGCUAUCCGACUGAAUUGGGGAGGAUGGCAUGCUGCCGAAUACCUCCUAAAGCUCAUCCGUCUCAAAUACCCGUCAUUCCCAGGAAAACUUAACGCUUCGCAGGCUGAGCAUAUGAUCAGAGAUCAUUGCUAUAUAUCCAAGUCAUACGAUGACGAGCUACGGUCGUAUUUAGACUGGACUGGACUGGAAGAUCGCGAUGUGGUAAUCCAGUAUCCGUUUACAGAAGAAGUGAUCAUCCAAAAGAGCGAGGAAGAACUCGCUAAGAUAGCUGAGCGAAAGAAAGAAAGCGGGCGACGAUUACAGGAGCAAGCCGCCAAGAUGCGCUUAGAAAAACUUAUGAGAAAGGAGCAGGAAUUGGAGUAUUACAAAAAACUACAAGUAAAGAUAAACGAUGCAAACAAAAAGGACACCAAACGCCUCCUAGACGCGGAAGAGAUGAAGGAUGAGGCGCAUCUUGAGCGUACAAUUAAAGAGCUGGACAAAUCCAUCAAGCGCGCCCGUACGAAGGACGUGGGUGGCGAUCCGGAAGAGGAACAGGAAGAACCUGACUUUAGCCUCCUUGAAGUUCCCGAUGACCAGUUAGAUGAAGCUAGCCUAAAGCAAAAGCGACACCAGCGACUCUUAAAAUCAAACCACGAAGCACGAGCACGCGCGAAGGCGGAGAAGGAGGCCGAAAAGGCGCGCGUUGUAGAGGAAGAACGGUUAGACAGAGAGCGGCGUGAGAAUGAUCUUGAGGGUUGGCUUGAGGAGAAGCGAGUGGCACGUAACCUCACAUUGCAGAAAAUGAAGGAACGAGAUCGUCUUAAGGCAGAUCUCGGAAACCGCAAAUCUCUAGCUUCGCAAAUUCGCAUGAAGUCUAUCGCAAAUCUCGCAUCGGAUAACCCAAGAGGCAAACGCCGUCGCGGCGGAGACGACGAUAACUUCGGCGCCAACGACGACGACUGGGGUGUGUAUAGGCAAAUUCAGGUGGGCGAGGGCGGUAGUGAUGACGAAGAAGGUGAGGAAGAUCUUGAGGCAACCCUUAAGACGCUCGAGGAAGACCUACUUCGUUACGAUGAGGGAUUCACGCACGAGCAUACGUGGGAGGCCCAAAAUGACUGGAACAAGAGCCUCCUACACGCGUUUCUGCGCGGCCCCCGACCCUUCGACCCGUCCUCCCAGGCGGAGAUCCACCAGAUCCACCUCAACGUCGAGCGCAUACGUGUGCCGGAGGUCCUCUUCCAGCCCUCCAUCGCGGGCGUCGACCAGGCCGGACUUGUGGAGAUUGCCGGCGACAUACUCACCCAGCGGCUCGUAGGCAUCCCGGGGCUAAACCGCGACGACUUCUUAAAGGACAUCUUCCUAACGGGCGGCAACACACUCUUCAACGAUUUCGACACCCGCCUCCGCCAGGGGCUCACGCCGCUACUACCCGUCGAUGCGCCGCUUAACAUUCGCCGGGCCAGCAACGCGCUAUUAGAUGCGUGGCGCGGCGCCGCUCAGUGGGUUGGCACGCCGGCCUGGAAGACGGCUACGGUGACCAAGGCGGAGUAUCAGGAGAAGGGGCAUGAUUACUUGAAGGUACGUUCGUAAUUUUGAUUCUAUUAUUAUCUCUGCAUAUACAGACCACA